GGUCAAGCAAGUGUAGAUUCACCAGGAUUGGUGCUAGUGGGACGAUACUUUAAAAAACGGCGAGGUUUAGCUACCUCCCUAGCGAAAACGGGUACCAGCAUGGGUUCCUUGGUAUUUCCAUAUUUCGUUCAAUAUCUACUUAACACAUUUGCUUUAAGAGGAACUUUGUUGAUAAUGGGUGGAGUUCAGUGUCAGAUGUUUGCAUUUGCUUUACUGCUUCGGGAACCGGAGUCAUUCGCUCUAGAGUGUAGAAGAAAAAACAAAAACACAAACAAUAGAUUAUCGGAAAUCACAAAUCCUAGAGUUAACAUCGAAAUGAAGUUGCUAAGAAGCAUAAGCAAUGACCUAAAGAUGCCACAGACAAUGCGUCCGCGUACUCAGUCCGAAAGCGACAAGAACGCGGUUUAUGAAAGGCACCUCAGCAGAUUAGAAUCUGACUCAAAUCAAUCUUUUUUAGAUUCUUUAUCGCAAUCUAGAAUUCUUAAGUACCUUAGUAACACAGAUUUAAUGUCCUUGUCGGCAGCUGAUGCAAGUACAGAAACAAUAGAAGAAGUCAUAUCAAAUGACAAAUCCCAAACGGACACACACAAGUCUUGUAAAUGCAGAUAUUUGUGCAAGUUAUCUAACAUCUUAGAUUUGUCGUUGCUGAAGAAUUAUGUCUUUAUUUUACUUAUGAUUAUAUCUGCUCUAGCUAUUGGGAUGUUUUUGGGGCCUGUUUAUAUACCCGCCCUGAUGAUAGAAAACGGGGCUAACGAGAAGGACACGGCCUUAUUUUUAACUGUGGUUGGUGUUUCGGAUGUUGCAUCAAGAUUGUUUGUAGGGGCUAUUGCUGAUCUGAGAUUUAUUAAACGACAUCAUAUAAUGAUGACUAGUCUCCUUCUUGGUGGUAUCACAUCUCAAUUUACUGAUUACUACACAACUUUUGAACUCCAAAUGGUUUUCUCUCUAAUAUUCGGAAUGUCUCUUGGACCAUAUGCAGCUUUACUCCCUGUGGUUCUAACAGACUUUUUGGGCCUACAGAAUCUUGGUAAAUCAAUGGGAUUUCUAUUUUGUGUACAUGGUGCUUUUAUUGCUGCUUAUCAUCCACUUGUUGGUGAGUUUUUAAAUAAAUAUAAUUUUCUUUACUAAAAUUGGUAUAAUUAUA